AUGACACGAAACAACAAUGAGCCACCGCCAAUCAGUCUUCCAUAUGUGAACGCAAAAAGUCAUACCGACAAUGAUUCUUUGGCAACAGAGAUCAUCUCAGCCAUGGCCAAAGCCGGAGCCUGUGUUGUGCGAAAUAUGUUCGAUACAAUUACCACAGAGAAGGUGAUCGAGGAUGUCCGACCACACAUCGCUGAUGCGGGCAACUACACAGGUUGCGCGCCUACCUCAAAAACAGUCACAGCAUUGCUGAGUAAAUCAGACACGUUUGCCCUCGACAUUGUGGGACAUCCGGUCUUUCAUACCGUCAUUGAUCACUUUCUUACAAAUGAGUUACACCCGCGUCAGGUACUUCCCAAUCAGCUAGUCUCGGGUCAAUGUAAGCCCCAGCUGGAUGCCAGCUUCUGCGUCUGUAUCGGGCCGCAUGGUGAGGGCCAAGAUCUUCAUCGAGAUGAUAUUGACCGUAUGCACUGGUUGUCCGGGGCUAGCGAGUAUAAGCUCGGCCGCGACCUUGGCGUGGCCAUGCUUACAGCCCUCACACCAACAACGCGCGAUAAUGGGGCGACUGUUGUUCUACCUGGCAGUCAUCUGUGGAACUAUGAGGAUGUGUUGCCUGACCACGCUGAUCCUCGUCUUGUCACGCCUGAACUACGGCCUGGAGACUCUUUGUUACUGCUUUCCAGUACACUCCAUGCUGGUGGUUCAAAUGUUACAGAGGACACCCGGAUGGUUGCUGUUUGCUUUGCUGCUCGAGCUCAUCUAAAACAGCUGGAGAAUCAGUACCUGGCGCAUGAUAUGGAUAAGGUUCGCAAUUUUCCAGUUUGGCUGCAGCGUUUCAUGGGGUACACCUUGACCCAGCCCUAUUGUGGAUGGGUGGAUAAGAAGGAUCCCCUCCGGAUCAUCAACGCGAAGGCUGAGGAAUUCUUGGAUGGAUGGAAUUUGCUUUAG